AUGGCUAUGUUGGAAAAUAAUACGACCGACUCAGAGGCAUCAGCGCCGCGCUGCCGCACUGUCUCUGAUGUGAAUACGUCCGAACUCAGGAUGAGCGUCGAUGAACACGACGGUGUUUCGAUAGAUUCGAGAGAUAUUGAAAACGCUCAUAUAGAUAUCAGUGAUAAGUCCGAGAUAUUGGUUCCAGGAAAUCAUUUUGACGAUGAUGAUGGAAAAUAUGGCGAACUCAUCUUACUUGGUUAUAAUGGAAGCCAGGACAGCCGGGCCACCGUACCGCUCAAACGUCAUCGCACAAAAAUGGCGCUUAUGCGAAGAAAGACCGGCAACGGUAUCAAGAAAGGUUCUGCAACGCAAGUAAACAUCGCCGCAAAAGAUGCUCCGGCCGUUUUGGACAAAAAUCGCCAUGUUGUGUCGUAUUCGUAUGGAAAGAACCAAACAGUACUUGUGGAAUAUGUGGCUGAUCCAUUCAAAGACAUGUUCCAGAUCGGCCGUUCAUCAGAAGAGCAAAUAGAUUUCACUAUUGUCGACACAUGGUUGGCAUCCGGUUCACAACUUGCCUCAUCUUCAGGCGGUCAACCAAAAGCCAGAGGUGGAGAUCCACACAAGAUGAUUUCGUCAACGAUCAGUCGAUAUGCAUGCCGAAUCAUCAUCGAUCGUGAAAAUUACGAUAAAGCAUUCUUGUAUGCUGCUGGAUUUGAUUCUGUAAAGAAUAUUUUCCUUGGGGAAAAAGCAACGAAAUGGAUGAAAAGAAACGGGGAAAUGGACGGGUUAACGACAAACGGGAUAUUGAUUUUGCAUCCGAAUAGGAACACAGAGGAGUUGUCUGAUGAUGACGUUCCUCCUAUGUACGUGUGGCGUGAGGUCUCUGUCGAUGGAGAUAUCUACACUUUGCGCGAAACGCGCAGUAGCAGUGCUAGAGGUGCACUUGUACCGGAAGAAACAAAUAUGCUCCAAGAUGGCACCUUGAUUGAUUUAUGCGGAGCAACGUUGCUGUGGAGAACGGCAGACGGAUUACGAAAAUCGCCAACUGCUCAGGAGUUAGAAAUGGCACUAGACAGAUUGAAUGCUGGGAAACCUCAAUGUCCAGUGAACCUCAACACAUUGAUCAUUCCGAAGAAGAAGAGUUCAAAGGGCGGAGGUAGCCGGCAACCUUAUGUCUAUCUUCGUUGUGGACAUGUGCAGGGCAAACAUGAGUGGGGUCAUCAUGCGCUCUCGAAUGGUCAACAGUCCUAUAAGUGUCCUAUCUGUUUGGCCGAAAGCGAGAGAGUCAUACAGUUGACGAUGGGCAUGGAAUCUUCAUUUCACUUGGAUUCUGGGAGCCUAGAUUAUGCAUUCAACCCCUGCGGUCACGUGGCUAGCUUGAAUACCGUUAGGUUCUGGUCACGAAUUCCAUUACCGCAUGGCACGAACAGUUUCCAUCCCGUGUGCCCGUUCUGUACAUCACUUCUCGCAACCGAGAAGCCAUAUGUGCGACUAAUCUUCCAGGACCACCUAUUUGAUAAUUAACAAAUGAAAGCGCCUGUAGAUUUUGAAUUUGAUUCUGUGAUCAUUUUUCUUUUGUGCACUGUCUUAUCGUGCAUCCGCAUGAUUCUAUAGAGAUUGCUUUGAGAUCUGUCUUGCUCUUUCAUUCUCUCGAAGUUCCUUCUUCAAGUUCAGUUAGAAACUUCCAUUAUGAAAAAUUGUUUUGAUCUCCCAUAGAUGGUACCAAAGCAUGGAAUUGAGCAGUAACGAAGCGUUACUGGUCAUUUAAUUUGAUAUUGACUGAGUCACAAAAAUUCCGUUUCCUUGCUGCGAACAUUAUACUUAUACUUUUUGUAAAUAUUGAAAUCAGCGACUUAAUCAGCUCAGCAAAUAAGAAAAAAAUGCACAAGGUUCUCUUACUUACAAAAUGUACGGAAUUCUCAUGAGGGCUGCCAUGGUCGCUGUUUGCGCUGCGCUAGUUACGGUUUGUGAUAAGCUGGGUCUGGUGGGUUAGUGACCAAAGUUCAAAAGCUUUCCCAUCUAUGCGUUCUGAUAAUUCCAUCAACAUUUUCCCUUGCUUUCAGUAACUGUAUAUAUAUUCGACAAUCAUUCGCGUUACUUGCUUUGUUUUUCUUUUGUGUGCACAUUCUUCUCUAUUCAUCGACUUAACUGUGUUACGCGCGAUUCCAAUUAUUUGUUGUUUCGUGGUUCUAAUAGCUGUCGAUUACUGAUGAUAAUGCCUACUUUGAUGAUUGUAAUUCAGUUCUUGAUAAACCAUACAUUGCAAUGGUUUUCAUAUCUUUUGUAUGAGUAAAGUUUUUUCCUUUCU